AUGCAGCGAGAGCUGUCUACGUUCCCUUUAGCUCCAAAUUACCUGCACAAAUUGUCCGCUGCGGGGUAUAUGACCGCUGAUGAGGUUAAAGAUGUCACUCCCACUGAACUGAGCGAAGGCAAGUUGACUGCACUAUCCUGAGUUAAUAAGCUUAUCUCAAACAGUUAAUCUAACUGUAGUUUGUUGUGUCUUUUUUUGCCCAUUUUUAAUAAUUUUAGAGUGUAGAUAACAUUUAAGAAGAAUAUGAGGAACUUGUGUAGACUGAAUGUGAGAGACUGCUGUAUGAACUGUCUCGGGCUAGUCUCAGUUGUUUAAACUGCUAUCCACUAAAUAAAUUUUUAUCCACUGGAUAAUGCAGUUGCUCUCCCUAACACUUAUCCACUGGAAAGUGAUUCAUCUAGUGGAUAACACUAUUCAUCUUUUGAAACAAGUGGGAUCUGGUCUAUAUUGAGGCCUUGUUAGGGUAAAAUUUCGACAAAUGACAUUUAUAGCUUUGAAACAGCGACAGUAAGACUAGAUGAAAUGGUGAUAGGCAACAUAAUGAUGGGUUAGAUACUGACAGGGGCAUGACCUACUACUCAAACUGCGAAACAACUGAUUUGAAAUUCAGACUAUAAUGUAGGUUGUUCUUAGAAUCAUUUCUACACAAAAUUAAUUCCAUAUGCUAAUAGCAAAUUACUUCUAUCACUGAUGUAGUUUGGGGAUAACUAGCAGAAUUCCUGGCCACUUUAAAGUUAUACCCAAAACUUGGAUAUAUGAUGUGUAGCACAUGUCAGAAACUCUUGCUUCACUUUUUCAUUUCUUUUUGCCACAGUGACGAGUCAGCACAGAGAGCAAAUUAUAUAGAGGAUAUUACAUGGCUGCGCAGAGAUACGAAAUUUCUCUUCGAGUGUUGAAAAAUAUCGAGUGAGCACAGCGAACGAGUGAAAUGUUUUCAACACGAGAAGAGAAAUUUCGUAUCUCCAAGCAGCCAUGUAAUGUUCUAUUUAUUAUAUAAACACCAGUGAAAUACCAAACCAUUUCACUGAAACAGUUUUUUCCUGCGAAAGGCGUGAUUUAUUAUGUAGCCAUAGCAACGGUGAUAUUUUCACAUGUGAAAAUAACAUGUUAUUUUCAUGUGUGAAGAUAUCAUGUUUUUGUGCGAAAGCUCACCUGGUAUUUCAUUAGUGUUUAUAUAAUAAAGCAAGCUCUUUCCAAGGCUUAAAAUAAAUAACUGGCAGAUGCUGGUUGUGUUGUCAGGUCAAACUUAAUAGACCUCUUUGGCUUGUAUGUUUUGUGUUCCCGAUAACAGUUCGAGGGGAAAUUGACCCUUUGUCUUCUCUUAAAUCAUGUGUACAUAUGCAGAGGAAUAAUAUAACAUUUGAAUGAAACAGUUCUACAGUAUUAUCUCAUGACCUCCUUUGGAAAAAAAAAACAUACAAGCUAGGGGUCUAUUUUGCUCAAAUAUGACCCGUUUUUGGCCAAACAUAUGUUAUAAAGAAAAAGCUUGAGGAUUACAGAUUACAGUACCCCGUGCUGUGCUCUUUCUCAGCGUAGACAUUGAAAAAAAAAAAUGGGGGAACAGAUAAAAAACAAGUAAGGGAAAAGUCCAUGUCUCCGACUCUUCCCUGCACCUACAUGAUUUUCACGUAACUUUUCUUGAACCUCUUUCCCUACUAUCCUGGAUACCAGAACAGACUAAAAGUACCAAGAAAAUAACUUACUGAAAAUAAAGAGACAAAUGUGGUAUAGACAAACUAACCUACUAAAAUAAGUGGUAAGAAGGCAAGACUUUUGCCUUAUGAGGAUGCAUUAGCAUAAAAAAAAAACAACAGAAAACAAAAGAUUAAUGUGGUAAAAAGAAAACUGACACACACACAAAGUCAGUAGGAAAACAAGACUUAAUGAUGUACGAAUGAAGUAAAAAAGCAGGGUACAAAAAAGGAAGUUUUACAACUUGCUUAUCUUUGUCAACAGACCUAGGAAUAGACAAAGAGGAAGGCCUAAAGAUCAUCCAAAUGAUAAGAAGUUCAACUGAGUCACCACAGUCGGCAACUUCAAAGUUAGGUUGGACCACUGGGAAAACUGUGUCAAAUGUCAUAUCAGGAAGCAAAAAUGCCUAUGACCUUCUACAACAAGAACAAUCAUCAGGAAGCAUUGUUACUUUCUGUGAGCAGCUUGAUGACAUGUUAGGUGGUGGGGUUCCAGUGGGAAAAAUCACAGAAUUCUGUGGGGCUCCUGGAGUAGGGAAAACACAGAUAGGGUAUGUUUUAACAAGAAAAUGCUUUAUUGACAAAUUAUUUGCCACUGUACAAACAAGACCGGAACUGGAGCCGAAAUGUGUCCCACAAUAUUGUUUCUGGGAUUGACACUGGGGACACACCCAUCAGCUAUUUGCCAAUCCUGUAGUAUCAGUCUCAGAAGUUAACUUGGCUCAUUGUUUCUUUCUCGUUUCUAAAGUGGUUAAUUGCCGUAAAUUUAAUUUUGUUGGAAGUUUUGUGACAAAAUUGUUCUUCCCUUGAGAACUCAGACUACGUCCUCUCUGGGAUCUGACAGUCUGAACCCGUCCUAAAAAUUUUUUUUUUGUAUUGUUGUUGGUCUAAAAAGAGCUGCAAAUAACAGUCAGUCAUUAGACAAUAGUCAACUAUCACUGGCCCCUGACAAGAUCUUAUCUGUUAUUAUGGACAUGAUAUCNAAAAUCACAGAAUUCUGUGGGGCUCCUGGAGUAGGGAAAACACAGAUAGGGUAUGUUUUAACAAGAAAAUGCUUUAUUGACAAAUUAUUUGGCACUGUACAAACAAGACCGGAACUGGAGCCGAAAUGUGUCCCACAAUAUUGUUUCUGGGAUUGACACUGGGGACACACCCAUCAGCUAUUUGCCAAUCCUGUAGUAUCAGUCUCAGAAGUUAACUUGGCUCAUUGUUUCUUUCUCGUUUCUAAAGUGGUUAAUUGCCGUAAAUUUAAUUUUGUUGGAAGUUUUGUGACAAAAUUGUUCUUCCCUUGAGAACUCAGACUACGUCCUCUCUGGGAUCUGACAGUCUGAACCCGUCCUAAAAAUUUUUUUUUUGUAUUGUUGUUGGUCUAAAAAGAGCUGCAAAUAACAGUCAGUCAUUAGACAAUAGUCAACUAUCACUGGCCCCUGACAAGAUCUUAUCUGUUAUUAUGGACAUGAUAUCGUCACAAAGUUAUACAUGUAUAUAUAAUACCAAAGACUUUCACUUUGUAGAUGAAUGAGAUCUACCUUGAGCAAAAGAGAAUUGUUACCCUACUGAAAUAACAUUUCAGUACUGACUAUUAAUUUUGAGGUGACUGUAAUCAGUAUUCCUGCAAAUCCCACAUUUACUGUGCAUAAUUUGUUUUGAAGAUGCAAAACUAACUUGUUGACUUAGUUUGAUAUAUUCGUCGUUCAUCUACAAUAUAGGCCUAUCUUGCUCUCAGAAGAUUUUGCUCUUUAGACCCCCAAAAAUAGUUCUUUAUUUUAGUCAGGAUGUUGGUUGGAUAUUGGACUGGUUUAAUUUUCCUGUUUUAUUAACCUCAACUUAACUCAAUCAUUAAAAUGCAAAGCACAAAACUGCACUCUAUAAUAUAGUCUUGCCUGAAUAUCAGGCCUUCCUAAGGGGCUAGGGGAGAGGAGAUUUUAGAUGUGGGACUCGGAGGUUACUUUCCUUUCGUCUCUCCCUUUUUCGCUUCUGUCUUCCUCUUUACCCCCAGAAACACCUGAUAUUCAGGCCACGUGUAUGUAUAGCCAAUAUCCAGCCAUCUUGACCUCACACUUGUUGAUAAUGUAUGACUUGUUCAAUUUUAGAGUUUCAUUUCAGUACCUCAUAAGUUCAACAGUUACUGGCAUCGUUUUUUGAGUUUAUAGAGCUGUUUCUAAAUUCGUUUAGAUUUUUGUGAUUGUUUAAUUUACGGUUGUUUUUAUUCCUUUGUACAAAGCAAAGUAAAGUAAAGAUUUCCCUUUUAAUACUUCUAGUCCAAAUCAUUGAUGAAUUUCAGCGGGAAAGUCUUCAAUGGCCUUGGCACUGGUUGAUCUCAAGCUUUACAGUUGAACCUCUCUGCAAUGCGCACCUUGAGGACAGAAGAAAGUGGCCAUUGGAGACAGGUUGAAACAAGAGUAAUGUAUGGAAUGUCUGCCAAAAAAAAUGGCCGUUGGAGAGUGGUGGCUGUUAUUGGAGGUUCGACUGCAUUUAGAAAAGAGAUAAUUUAGCCAUAGUUAAAGGGAAUUUUUCUUUUUUCUUGAAGAAUGCAGCUUGCAGUGGAUGUACAAAUACCAGAUGAGUUUGGAGGACUUAAUGGAGAGGCAAUUUAUAUUGGUACAUGUAUUUAUAAAUAUUAAGCAGUAAACCAAAUUUUCUAUUGGCUUACAAAGGUAUUAUUUCCCAGGGCUUGUCUCACAACUUGCAUAGUGUGUCAAAGUGCAUUAUAUUUAGUUUUAGCAUUUAUCACACCAAUAGACCUGUAGAACAUUUGGUCUAUUUGAUUGCUUUAAUAUUAUUAUUAUAUUGCAGUAAGUUACUGUUACAUGAUGUAUUUGUGUUAACUGGUACAGUAACAGUAGGUUUUGCCGGAUCUAACUAACUGUAGCGUAAUUUCUUGACUUAAUAAAAAUUUCAUAACAGUUCCUGAAGUAAUUUGGAUACACUUUCUUUAAGUGAAGAUGAGAUAAAGAAACUAACUCAAGGCUAAAAAUAAUUAGGUGACCAGUCCAUUUGGACCAACCAGAAUGUGGGCAAGCAUAUAUUAUGCUGACUUCUCCUUAAGUUAGUAAUAUUAGGGAUGAAAAACCUUAGCUCGAAAGUGAUAUGCUUUCUCAUUAAUUUCAUCUGAUGUCUAGUCAUCGUGUCCAACGGCAAAUAUAGACAGUGGGUAAAUUUUACCAAGUUGGAUGUUGUCUGAUGACCCAGUGUUAUUUGCAGUUCUGUCUGUUUAUUUAUUUAUUUAUUUAUUUAUUUAUUAUUUUUAUUUACCAUGUAAAGCCCAAGAUUCAAUACUGAAUUUAAAGGACUGCAUCGUAUAUGCCUUGUAUAAAAUUGGCCAGGAUAGUCAGUGAGUGUAUGCAAAAUACAGCACAUGAACAGGUGUAUGUGCAUGUCCAUGUAUGUGAUUGUUAUUUUGUGGAUUUCAUGGCAGACACAGAGGGGAGCUUUAUUGUUGAGAGAGUUGUAGACAUAGCAGAUGCAGCAGUCAAACACAUGCAGCAUGUAGUUCAAUCUGCUGAUAUGGAUGAAACAGGUACAAUCAGUUCAUUUUGAUUUGAUUUUGUUGUUAAAAGAAUAAGCUUAUAAACUGGAUGAGGAAUUUAAAAAAAUCAUGAAAAAGCUGGUGUACAGACUGUAUGCAAGGGUUUCAGGUUCAAUAGCCUAUGCCCUUAAGGGUUUUUUUUUCAUUUUAACUCUAGAGGCAAAAAAAAUUUCUUGCUAACAAAUAUCAAUAUUCUUUUGAAGAAUAUUUGGUUUAGAUGUGUGUCCGUCUGUUACUUUUCAACAAUUUGUUGACUGAAUAAUAUAUCAAAUAAAUCUGUAAAGUGCUUUUUAAUCUUCGUUCUUUCCAAUUUGUAGUUUACUAAUUUGCCACUUUAGAAAUGAAAAGAAACUGGACAGAGUUAACCUUUGCAAAGACUUCUGGGAUUGUUACUGGGGACAGGGAAAAAAAAUUGGUCGAUAGUUGACCAAUGCGUCCCUGUAAACAAUCCCAGAAGUCUUUGGGAAAAUUAACUUGGCACAGUUUCCUGCUCAUUUCUAAAGUGGCAAAGAAACAAAACUAUGCCAUUUCAUUUGAAAACGGUAGCCUCCUUAACCCUUUAAACCCUAAGGUCAAAAUUUGAAUUCUCAUUUGUUGCCCCUAUUCAUUUCCUACAGAAGUAGUGGAGAGAAGGUGAUAAAAUAUCAAGCAAAUUCAUCUUUUUUGAUCUUGUGUGUAAUUCUCAUUACCACUCUGUUUUACAAAGCAUUGAAAUUACAAGGAGAAAUUUGAUGCCUAUCACUCUUGUGACUUAAAGGGUUAACCCUGACUUAAAUAACAAUGAUAAAACCACACAGGUUUGCUUGGAUUUUCAUUUCUUUAAUGUUGCUUUUUUUCUUUUCUAUUUUUUCUUUCAUUUGUCUUGGACAGACAGAUCUCUACAAACCGAAGCCAUGAAAACGUUCCAAGUUGAGAACAUCUUGUCCAAGAUUUACGUGUUUAGAUGCCAUGACUACAUGCAGUUAAUAGCACUGUCACAUGUUUUACCAGAGUUCUUGGCAGACCACUCCAAGGUAUGUUUAAUAGUCAGUCAUAGUGGAUAAACCUUGUCAACUCCCAAACUACAGUGGGGCGGGGGGGGGCGGCACUCCCGAUCAUGGUCUAUACGGGCAGGCUCUGUCCAAAAGUAGUACCUUUUUCUAGCUUUGAGUGUAUCAAAGGAUAGGGAAUUCACAAGAAGAAGGAUAUGAAAGGGUGGCUACCGGUAUAUCAUUUUAAUCAUGAAUGUUACAUGAAAAUUGCAGAAAAGGUCCUGUUUUUAAAAUAUUAGUGAUUUAAAGGCAUACCAUUUUUGAAUAAAAGAUAUACGAAAAGGGCACGUUUUCAGUGAAAAAUAGUAUAAAGAGUAAAAGCGUCGGGCAAAGCCUCCCCAUAUAAAACUCCAUUUAUUAAACAUUGGUGAAAUUGUUAGGACCAAAUUAAGGCAAGCCAUCAAUCAAUCAAUCAAGCUUUACUUACGGUAUCACUUCAUUAAAAAUGCUCUUCCAGUGAGCCGUUUACAUAACAAAAUUUUCAGAGAAACUACAUUAAUGCUAAAAUAUAUCUAUAUACCGUAAAUCCUCUAUUAAGCCCCCCGGGGGGCUUAUUUUUUUCAAGCACUUUUGAGGGGAAGCUUAAUAGAGAGGGGGGGCUUAAAAGAGAGGGGGGCUUAUUUAAUUUAGCAAAACGCAUCACUUGUAACAAAAAUACCGUGGUAUGAGACAGAGUAGACUUACGCGUUGUACAAUUAAAGUCACUGUCAAAAGUAUUUAUUUCACUUGUGGGAGCCUAAAAGUAACAAAAACAAAAUUCUUAUUCUUCAAAAAUGUUCUAUAAUUUCUUGACUUAAUAAAAAUUUCAUAACAGUUCCUGAAGUAAUUUGGAUACACUUUCUUUAAGUGAAGAUGAGAUAAAGAAACUAACUCAAGGCUAAAAAUAAUUAGGUGACCAGUCCAUUUGGACCAACCAGAAUGUGGGCAAGCAUAUAUUAUGCUGACUUCUCCUUAAGUUAGUAAUAUUAGGGAUGAAAAACCUUAGCUCGAAAGUGAUAUGCUUUCUCAUUAAUUUCAUCUGAUGUCUAGUCAUCGUGUCCAACGGCAAAUAUAGACAGUGGGUAAAUUUUACCAAGUUGGAUGUUGUCUGAUGACCCAGUGUUAUUUGCAGUUCUGUCUGUUUAUUUAUUUAUUUAUUUAUUUAUUUAUUAUUUUUAUUUACCAUGUAAAGCCCAAGAUUCAAUACUGAAUUUAAAGGACUGCAUCGUAUAUGCCUUGUAUAAAAUUGGGAUAGUCAGUGAGUGUAUGCAAAAUAUACAGCACAUGAACAGGUGUAUGUGCAUGUCCAUGUAUGUGAUUGUUAUUUUGUGGAUUUCAUGGCAGACACAGAGGGGAGCUUUAUUGUUGAGAGAGUUGUAGACAUAGCAGAUGCAGCAGUCAAACACAUGCAGCAUGUAGUUCAAUCUGCUGAUAUGGAUGAAACAGGUACAAUCAGUUCAUUUUGAUUUGAUUUUGUUGUUAAAAGAAUAAGCUUAUAAACUGGAUGAGGAAUUUAAAAAAAUCAUGAAAAAGCUGGUGUACAGACUGUAUGCAAGGGUUUCAGGUUAAAUAGCCUAUGCCCUUAAGGGUUUUUUUUUCAUUUUAACUCUAGAGGCAAAAAAAAUUUCUUGCUAACAAAUAUCAAUAUUCUUUUGAAGAAUAUUUGGUUUAGAUGUGUGUCCGUCUGUUACUUUUCAACAAUUUGUUGACUGAAUAAUAUAUCAAAUAAAUCUGUAAAGUGCUUUUUAAUCUUCGUUCUUUCCAAUUUGUAGUUUACUAAUUUGCCACUUUAGAAAUGAAAAGAAACUGGACAGAGUUAACCUUUGCAAAGACUUCUGGGAUUGUUACUGGGGACAGGGAAAAAAAAUUGGUCGAUAGUUGACCAAUGCGUCCCUGUAAACAAUCCCAGAAGUCUUUGGGAAAAUUAACUUGGCACAGUUUCCUGCUCAUUUCUAAAGUGGCAAAGAAACAAAACUAUGCCAUUUCAUUUGAAAACGGUAGCCUCCUUAACCCUUUAAACCCUAAGGUCAAAAUAAAAAACACUUAUUGCGAGCUGUUUAGAGCGUCUUUGCUCAAGGGUAUCCCAUCUCAAGUCUUGGAGGAUAUCCGCAGAUCUUGUAUUAUAAUCACUAAAUGUUAUAAUUCUCCCAGCCCUAUUUUGCAAUCAUGUUGUAGCUAGUGCUGUCAGCCUCCUUUUCGAAACAAGUGCAGGUGCAAAAUAUUCAUUUGAUAUGAAAAUACAGUAACGGCCACCUUGGGGACAGAAGAAAGCGGCCGUUGUGGAGACUGAGGUGGCCGUUGCAUCACGGAUUUUUAUGUCUUAGCUGUUUAUUUUCCCGUUCAAAUUACAGGUGAAACUCAUAGUAGUGGACAGUAUUGCCUUCCAGUUCCGCCAUGAUUUUGAUGAUCUCGCAUUAAGGACGAGGCUUCUAAAUGGUUUGGCACAGAGUUUUAUCAAGAUGGCUUGCGAAAAUCAUCUAGCUGUAAGUAAAGAAAUCCAUGAAGUGAAUAACUUUUUCUGUUUAAAUAAGCAAUUAAUUUAAGUAGUUCAAAAGUCUAACCGUUUUAUGGUGAUGGUGACGUUUAUAAUGGAGACGGUAAUGAUGAUGGUGAUAAUGAUGAGCAUGAUGAUGAUGAUGAUGAUGAUGAUGAUGACGGUGAUGCUGAUGGUGACGAUAGUGACGUUGAGAGGUGAUGAAGAUUAGAUGGCACCAAAAUUCAGUCGUUUGUGCUCGUAUGUCGCGUCAAAGUUAGUGUUAAAAUGGUACCUUUUACGGACGUUUUACAUAUAGAUUUGUUCUCGAUGCAUACUGUGAGCGCAGCAAUUUAAAAACACGACUGUUUGUCAAUGCACUCUAAUAACAGCUAAAUAAAUGAAACUUACUUUUGCUUCUUUCAGGUUGUUUUUAUGAACCAGAUGACCACACGCGUGAAAUCCACGCAGCUUGGUCAGUCACACCUUGUGCCAGCGUUAGGUAAGCUUCGUACCACCAACUUCAUCAACGUGUAGGGGAAGAGAAACAUUCGGUAGUUGGCAAGCUUUUCUUUGAGAAACACGAUGUUAAGCGGGUAAACCUUGGUGAAAACUUUAAAAUCCUCAAGAAAUGCCGAAGGAAACUAGAGGGUUUGAUUUUCGAGAUGUUAAUCAUCUGACAUUAACAGACGUUAACACUCAAGCGGACUCCAUUCGUGCGAAAAUCGUUAUUUAAUUGUUAUAUGUCCAACCCAUGACCCUUUGUCUUUUUUUCCUUGCACUUUUCGCCCUUUCUUUUUCUAUACUGAUAUAUUUCCAAGAAUCUUGUUAAUUUCUUAUCUUUUUAUAAUGAUGACACAAACUUUCAAAACGUCAAGUUUCUUCUAUAUCGUUGAUUUCUGUUUUAAAAUUAUGAUAUUGAUUUUUUUUUCUCUCUACAGGUGAAAGCUGGGGUCAUGCUAGCACCAUUCGAAUUGUAUUGUACUGGGAAGACAAUCAGAGGUAUGAGGGACUUUUAGUCUGUUAAAAAUGAACGAAAUAAAGAGAUCUAUUAGAAGUGGUUAAUAGGAAGUUGCUGUCAAACGAUCGCGAAUUGUUACAUCUCAGUAUCAAGCUGAGAAUCAUGGACAGAGCCACUGUUAUUGUUUUAGGUCAAUUUCGUUUGGUUCUUUUUUUCCGAGUUCAGAAUCUUUUUGCUUCGCUGACCACCAGCUGUGAAACUUGAAAGGGGUCGAUACAGAUGUAUAUGUUGUGGUUCAAUUUUAUCAUUAGUCUAAAUUUUAUUUUCUUUUUGUUUCAAACUCAUUAUCAUACAUUACCAUACCCAAAAACAAAAGAAAAUAAAGUUUAAACCAAGGAUAAAAUUGAGCCACAAUAUAUAUCCACAUACAUGUAUCUUUAAGUCACCUUCAUAUUGAAAUGGGUACCAUAACCUUCUUAUAGUAGCAUCUUUACCCGUUGAAGACUACAAGCUUACUGACAUCUCUAAACUUGCUUUCCUGUCAUGUCAGUGUGCAGUGAACAAAAACAUUCAUUCAGUCAACAUUUGUAAACUUCCUUAAUAUCGCCGGAUAGUUUUUUAAUUUUCCAUCUAAUAAUAUUUUGUAUUCGUCGCCGUAAUUUUUAUGCCAUCUUUGAAAAAUUGUAAUUGAAGAGGCCUAAUUAACAUAAGCUUUAAAGUUUCCUUUAGGCAUUCUCGCCAUUUCUUCCUACACUCAACUGUGUCUUGUUACGGGCCUCACUAAACAAGAGUGGACGAUCUACAGCCCGUGAGGACUUUAGAUGAUGGUUGUUCUCUUCCCGACAGAUUUGCAAACUUAUACAAGUCGCCUUCACGCCAGGAAACGACAGUUCCUUUCCAAAUCACGGUACAGUUAUUGUAGUUUUUAUUCUCACUGCUCCUCUUAUCGUCUGGGCUUGUAAAGUGAUAUUAUACGGGAAAUUGUUUAUAUAGUCUUCAGUACUGUCAGUUUGCCUCCAAGUAAGGAAGCAGUUCUUAAAAAAUCCUUAAUACUUCGGUCAGUGUGAAUCACUCGAUUGGGUUACUUACCAACUGAUUUUCAGGGGCACCCAACGAGAAUAUAGUUCAAAACCACUUAAACAUAGCAUUGUGAAACGAUUUUUAGUAUUUAAACGGUAGAUAUAGGCAUAUUUUUAUCCCCUAAAAAUUUUUCAUCUGUUCGGAUUUCCUAGCUGAAAGUCAAGUGAUCCGAAAAUUAUAGAGAUCAGAACUUACCUUUUCGAAAAUUUGAGCCAGAAAAAAGGGUUCGGAAAAUUCUAGGUGACCUUUCUAGGGUAACAAUCCGUUAAAAAUGGGCAUUUAUACAAUGUUUUAGAUGUUCGAAAAUCCUCAACAAAUGUUCCGAAAAUUCUAGAUCUCAAAUCGUCUUCCGAACAUAUAUUUUCCGAAAAUUGGCGUUGGGUACCCCUGGAUUUUGUCUAAGUUAUGGCUUAUAAGAUUAAAAAGCUGCCGCCUGCGGCAUAAUCGCGAACGGUAAAAUAAAGUAUGGUUUAUGCAAAAUUUGGGGGGCAAACAGAGUGUAUUAUGGGGAAUUCGAAAAUAGUCAAUUACUAAAGACAUGUAAUCGGUUACAAUCAUGAAACAGAAACAAAAACCGAACAAGAUGAAGAUAACGUAAACAAAAAGGACCAGAAUACAUUUUCUUUUUUAAAAAAAUUCUCGUUACUGAUCAUUCGUUAUUAUCAAAUUGUUUUCCUUUUGGUUCGUCUUAGGAGGGUGGAGUGCGGGACUGCUUUGCAAACUGCACAGAACAGAACAGUAGUGAAAACGUUGAUAGUCCGCUGGCUCAAGAACAUCACCAGAAUUCACCUCGUGACACUCUUAUGACGCGGAAAAGGCGGUUUGAAGAUCUCACGUAGAAAAAAGGAAAGUUAACUUAUAUUUACGUAAUUAAUAGUAGAGAAAAAAUGGUGUACAGAGCUUCUUUAUGGUCAUCAUCCAGUCGCAAAUGGGAAAAAGAGUGAUGAAAACGAGUUGAUUUGAACUGAUAUGUGAAAAGGAAACAGACGUCAGAUUAGUACGAAAGCGCAAAUCAGCUGGCAAAUGUUGCAAAUACUUGAGACGCGUGUGUGGCAAAACUUUGCUGAUUCCGGCACUCCAGUUAAUUCCUGUUGGGCGCGAUUAGGAUCUGGAGCACAAUUAUGAAAAAGUCAUGUUCCUACAAAUUUGCGCCUUCCUUGUCAAAGCGCUUCCUCUCCUCCUUUUAUUUUUGUAUCCAAGCAUCGAAUAAGUGUCCAGUAGGGUGCAGUGAGCCGCAAUAAAGGUUAUGUAACGCCCCAAAACGCUCAAAUGAAAAAUGACAGAAACCUACUUUAUCUUUAAAGUGCCAUAAUCUUUAGCAAACACUGCGGUACUGUUUGAGCAUAAGGGCUCUGUAUUUACAUGUCCCUCUGGAGACGAGACUGCCUUGUCGAAGCAGUUAUCUGAGCCACGCGAAGCUGAAGCAGCCGUUCACAAGGCAUUUUAGUGCCUUUUAGACCGUGAGAAUCGAACCCCAGUUCUCCCGCUUUGCAAACCAG